AUCCUGAAUCCUGAUCACUUAGUUUCCUAGACCUAGAGAUAGGCCAGAGAAAGAUAGUUUGCCAUGGCGAAAAAAAUCUCAGGAAUCUUAAAGAAAACAGGUUUGCAGGGAAACGCAUCCAAGGGAAUAGAAGAGCCUAGUGUCGUAGAGAGGCCGUCCAGCUCGGAGGAAGAGGAAGUGGAUGGCGGAAGUGCGGAAAAUGGGGAAGAUGGGGAAGAGCCGUCGGACGUCGACAAGGAAGGAGACGAUUCCGACGAAGAGAGCGGAGAGGAGGAGGAUGCUGAGGCGGAAGGGGAAGACGAGGAGGAUUUAGGGGAAGAAGAAGGGGAGGUGGGGGAGGACGAGGAAGGGGAUGAGAGUGACGACGAGGAAGCGGAAGAUGGGAAACUAACUGGAGGGUUUAGUAUAGUAGGUCCAGGGAAGCCGAAAUCUACUGCUUCGCAUCCCGGGGCUCUCUCUGGCUCAGCUCCCGCGUUAAACCCGGUCAGAACCUUCGACGAAAUGGGGCUGGACCCGCGUCUGCUGCGCGGGCUGGUGAAGCGGCGUCUCUUAAAGCCCACUCCCGUGCAGCAGUACUGCGUGCCGCUCGCCAUGGAGGGUCGCGACGUGGUGGCGAUGGCGCACACAGGGUCGGGCAAGACCCUCGCGUACCUGCUGCCGCUGCUGCACCGCGUGCUGGCGGACAAGGACUCCGCGGCAGGGGGAGGCGGGGGGAUGGGCGCAGCUGGGGGGAAUUGUCCGCGCGGAGUGGUGCUGGUGCCCACGCGGGAGCUGUGCCAGCAGGUGGCGGAGGAGGUGUCAGCCAUGGCGCAGUACUGUGGGGGAGCGCUCAGUGUGCAGCGACUCACAACUGGCAUGAAUAACGCCGCCAUGCGAGCGGCCAUGGACAGGCGGCCGGACGUGGUGGUGGCGACGCCAGCGCGCAUGGCAGCGUGUGUAGCGGAGGGCGUGCUGGCGCCCAUGGCGCUCAAGACGCACCUGGCGGUCUUGGUGCUGGACGAGGCGGACGUGCUUCUAUCGCAUGGCUACUAUAACGAGGUGCAGGCCAUAGCGCGCCAUGUGCCAGUCAGCUGCCAGUGCCUCCUGCUCACAGCUACCUUCAGCAACGACAUCGAGCGCCUGCAGAAGCUGGUGCUGCACAACCCUGUGGUGGUGCGCCUGGGAGACAGCUCAAUCCUCCUAGGGGAUGGCGAGGGGGCUGCUGGGGGGGAGGGGUCGGGGAAGGAGCAGGGAGGAGAAGGGCAGGCAGCAGAGGCAGCAGGAGGAGCAGCAGGAGGAGGGGGAGGAGGGGGGGGAGGAGCAGUAGCAGCAGGAACAGGUGGGGCUGGGGGUAAGCAGUCGCUUCUGCCGCCCAAUAUCCGCCAGUUUGCCGUCCGCUGCGAGGAAAAGGACAAGCUGCUCCACCUGCUGGCGCUGAUUCGCCUGCAGCUGCUCCAGAAGAAGGUUCUCAUCUUCACCUCCACGGUCGAAGCUGGGUUCCGGGUGAAACUUUUCCUCGAGCAGUUUGGCAUCCGGGCAGCCGUGCUAAAUUCCGAGCUGCCCGUGGCGUCGCGCCUGCACAUCUUGCAUGAUUUCAACGUUGGGAAAUUCUUCUUCCUCAUUGCUACGGAUGAUGACAAUGGGGGGCUUGCUGCUAAGGAAGGGGGGAAGGGGGGGAGCGAUGGGAGGGGGAACUCUGGUCGGGACCCAAAAAGGCGCAGAGUGCGAAUAGCAGAGGGGGCGGAUGGGGGAGAGGGAGGGAGGGGGGAGGGAGAGGAGGGGGUGGAGAGGGAUACGGGGGAGUAUGGAGUGGUGAGGGGGAUAGAUUUUAAGAACGUGAGGACGGUGAUCAACUACAGCGUGCCGAACCAGCUGGCUCCGUACGUGCAUCGCGUGGGGAGGACCGGCCGAGCCAGCAGCGUUGGCAUGGCGAUAACCCUGGUGUCCCCUAAAGAGGCACCGCUACUGGAGGCGAUUGACAGGAAGAUUGCCGAGUCCAUAAAACCACAGCCACCUGUGGAUGCUGCAAGGGGCAGAAAUAAAUUGAUGGAGCAGGGGGUGAGAGGAGGAAGGGGGGAUGGGAGCAGUAGGAAGAGAGCGAGGGAAGAAGAGGGGGAGGAGGGGGAGGAGAGUGAGGAGGAGGGUGAGGUUGAGGAGGAUGGGGAGGAGGGGGAAGAUGAGGAUGAGGAAGAGGAAGAGGUGGAAGGGGAAGGGGAAGGGGAAGAAGAGGAGGAAUCAGAGGAGUCGGGACAAGAGGAGGAAGAAGAGGAAGAGGCACCGAGGAAGCCGAAGGCCUAUGAGUGCCGGGCCAUCUUACCCUACCCAUACCUACCAAAGGAGGGCGUGGAGGCUCUGCGGUACCGUGGCGAGGACGUGGCAGUGAAGAUCACGCGAGUGGCCAUCCGAGAGGCACGCGCCAAGGAACUGCGGAUGGAGAUACUCAACUCGGAGAAACUAAAGGAUCACUUUGAGCUCAACCCCAACGAUCGAGACCUCCUCAAGCACGACAAGGUGCUUGCCAAGGUCGCCCCUUCCCCGCACCUCAAGGUCCUCCCAACAUACCUGCGUGCCGAGGCUGUCACGGAGGCUCGGCGCAAGUUCCUGACCGAACUUCCUCCUGCAGAGCAAGACAGUAGGGACGGGGGAAGAGGAAGGAGAGGGGGGAGAGGAGGGAAGGGAGGAGGGGGUUUCAAUCGAGGACGCAGGGGAAGGGGUGGAGGAGGGGGGCGGGGAGGGGGUGGUAGAGGAAGGGCAGGCAGGGGUAGAUCGAACGAUCCUCUGAAAACGUUCAGUGCGAAGUAAGGGUUGACUGCAUGUCAUGAAUGAAUGCAUUUGUCAUACCAGUAAAUGAACGGUGUGUUG